AAUCAAAUUCCAAAAAAGGAAAAUCCCAAAGGGGCUUAUAAGUAGUAUGAACCAACGUUAUGCAAUUAAUGCAAAUACUAACUAACAAACUAUCCUAAGCUUUUCAGAAUCUGAGCUUAUUCUGAUAAGUGAUUAUCACCAAACAAAACCUGCAAAGGUUUUCAUGGCUGCAUUUGCAGUAUGUUACAGAACACCUUACAAGAACACAUGCAUAGUUCUUGGCAGAGAUUCUUUGCACAAGAAUGCGGCGAAACUACGUGUUCAGUGUUCAUCAGAGUCUAGUUCUGUUAAGAAGAAACUAAGAUCAUUAGAUUCCUAUUUUGGAAAACUUAAACAUGAUACAAAGUUACAUGAUUCUGAUACAUCAAAUGAGGUGAUGAAGGUGCAACAAGGAAAUGGAUUGGAGUCUCUUGAUGAGUAUCUUGGCAAACUAAAUAAUGGCAUAAAUCAAGAAUCUCUUGUGGCAUCUUAUGUUGAAAAUCUGAAGGAUGAAAGUUUAGCUCCAAAACAAGUUCUCAGCCAAGAUACUCAAAGAACAACAAACUUUAGGAAACCAAAUACUUAUAUGAAUAUAAGAAGAAUAAAAGGUGUAAGUGGUUCAGUAUCUGCUAUAGAUUCACAGCAGAUAAAUGACACCUCAAGCCUUUACCUCAUUGGUAUAUUAGCAUCAGUGAACAUUGCAGUGUUUCUAUUUGAAAUAGCAAGUCCUGUAAGAAGUAAUGACUUAGAGCUGUUGUCACUUCCAUCACUAUAUGGAGCAAAGAUAAAUGAUUUGAUCAUGGUUGGAGAAUGGUGGAGGCUUAUAACACCAAUGUUUCUGCAUGCAGGAAUACUUCACUUGGGUCUAAGUUGUUGGGCUCUUGUAUCAUUUGGGCCUCAAGUUUGCAAAAGCUAUGGUUCACUUACAUUUUUCUUGAUCUACAUAUUGGGUGGAGUUUCUGGUAACAUUGCAAGUUUUCUACAUACGCCAGAUCCAACUGUUGGUGGGACUGGACCUGUAUUUGCAAUAAUUGGUGCUUGGCUCAUAUACCAAUUUCAAAAUAGAGAUGUCAUUGCAAAUGAUGAUUCUGAGAAUCUAUUCAAGAAGGCAAUGAUUAUUACAGCUCUUGGUUUCAUAUUAUGCAACCUUGGUCCAGUUGAUGAAUGGUCACACACGGGCGCAACUUUCACAGGCAUGGUAUAUGGGUUUCUAACUAGUUCAACUCUUCAGCUUGAUGAUACAUCACCACAAACCAGUGGAAAAGGACUCGAACUUGUUAAAAAAUACGGUGGUUCUUUCAAAUCAGUAAUUAUAUUCGCUAUAUCCAUCGUUGUUUUAAGCUCAUUACUUUUGUUUACGGAUCCUCCUCUUGAUGCAUUGGCAUCUGUUGAUGAAGCAGCUGUUGUAGCCUUGGAAUACAUGUCAAUUUUUUGUUGAUGGUCAUGAGAGAAUCUGUUACUUAUCACUAAGAUUAGGGUUACAAUUUACAUAUAUCUGAUUGUAUAAGCUCAGUCCUUGGCCUUUAAGAACUAUAUAUGUAAUACAAACACUGCUGUUUUUAA